AUGCUUGCCCCUUCAUCGGCCCUUACCCUUGCAAAUACUAGUAAUGCCGUCGGGGUGAUCGCUACCUCGGGCCCGCUCUCCUCCACUUCUUCAACUGCCUCUUCUGAAUCGGACUCGGCCGCAACUUCGACUGUAACUGAUGAGGUGUUACUUUUUAUUGCUCAAAUUGUUUGUUUCAUCAAUCUUUCAUAUGUUGCAAAAAUAACGAUUUUAGCACCAGCUAAAGUCGUACUCUGCAAGGUUUGCGGAGACAAAUCAUCGGGAGUUCAUUACGGUGUGAUUACCUGUGAAGGAUGCAAGGGAUUUUUUCGACGUAGUCAAUCAGCGAUAGUCAAUUAUCACUGUACACGUGGGCAAACGUGUACAAUCGAUCGAGUGAAUCGUAAUAAAUGUCAAUUUUGUCGACUAAAAAAAUGUCUCGAAUUGGGUAUGAGUCGAGAUUCGGUGAAAUUUGGUCGAUUACAAAAGAAGCAACGUGAUAAGCAGCAAAUGCGCUCUUUAAUUGAAACGAAUCAGUCGUCGUCGUUAUGUGUUCCAACAACCUAUGAGGGUUAUUCACCGAGAGUAUCACCAUCAGUAUCGAACAGCAUACACGAGAAUGUCUUUAAUGUUGAUUACGCAAACAAAACUGAUUAUGUUGCUGAAGCAGCCGUUGCACCAAUCAAUUAUUCGAUUAAGCAGGAAACCAUUUAUGAACAUCCGCAGCAGGCAACGGUACCGUCUCAAGAGUCAACCUAUUUGAGUGCCCAACAAGAGAUGGUAUCACAAGAUGAAGUGUUUGCGGCACAAAUUAAAUCUGAAUUCGAAUCUGCACAUGCCGCAUCAUUAUGGCUAAAAAACAAUUCGAAAGUAUUGGACGACGAAUUCGAGCGUUCUUUCAAAAAUAUGGAUCGAAUUGGUUGCUGGAAUUUCUUUGCAACAGAAAUGUCGACAAUGAUUGAGAAUAUGUGUCGAUUUGUGAAAUUCUUUGAAGAGUUCAAUCAAUUGGAUGAAAAGACACGCAUUUGCGUGCUGAAAGAAAACGUCUUCGAGAUGUGUCUUGUUACGGCAUCGUUGUUCUACGAUUCCAAAUCGCAAACCAUCGCAUUAAGUGGUCAUAAAUUUCAUAUAUCUCUUUUUUCAACCGCUACACAACCCUCCAUACUUACGUUCAUUGGUCUGGUGCAUGGUUGUUUACAUGACCUAGCGCAGUUUCAAUUAUCAACUGUUGAAGUUGCUCUAUUUUCUGCAUGGAUUCUUCUGCAAGGCACUCCAAGUGCAAAUUAUUUAGUGCAACGUUUGAAGGGAUGUUUACAUCGUCAGUUUUACUACAAGAUGGUGCAUCCAGAAGAGGCCCUACAGCGUCUCUUAGAUUCACUGCAAACACUUCGCCUCGUUGCUCGUCAUCAUAAACAGCUACUAACACAGUUUUUCGAUUCAGAACCUGACGCGAAAUUGCAACCUCUUUAUAUGGAAGUUUUCAAAUCGUGA